CUAAAGUAUACAUUCAUAUAUUUCCUACAUAUAUUCUAUACAACUUUAAUAAUAAUGUCUGUUGCUCAGCAAAUCGUUGAAGAGUUUAUUAAAAAUAAUGCAGUUGUUAUUUUUGGAAAAAGCUAUUGUCCAUAUUGUAAAAGAGCAAAAGCUCUCUUAAAAGACCUCGGUAUUGAGUUUGUUGAUAUAGAAAUAGAUUUACAUCCUGAUGGGAAACAAAUUCAAGAAUAUCUUUUCGAAAAGACAGGCCAGCGUACAGUUCCUAAUAUCUUUAUUAAUCAACAACAUGUAGGUGGAUGUGACGAUUUAUUAAACGCAAAUAGUAAUGGAACUCUGGAAAAGCUUCUUAACAAGCAAUAGACUUGUGUAUACGAUUAUAAAGCAUCCUCUUAAAAAAACCUUUGUAAAGAUUUUCCAACCUUCUAUGUGUUAUUAAUGUCAAAAUAUCCUGAAUUGAGUAUUUCCUUUAGCAUUGCUUUGUUAUAAAGAAAGCUCAAUAUUUUUUGAUUAUUUAUCUAUUUUCUAAGUAAUAAAUUCAUUAGUUUAUUAAGUACAUUGUAAAAACAACAACAACUAAGGAAUAAACGACUAUAAUUUUU